CGAAACCCUCCAUUUUUGGUCUCCAAGAUCAAUUUUUUUUUUCCUUCCCUUUUUUCAACUGUCUCCAUCGGCGGCUAAUGGAUUCGUUGGACGACGGUAGUUGGGAUUUUCUCGACUGUUCAUUCAUCGGAGAAACCCAAUCCUCCAAUUUUCUAUGGUCCAAUAACGGUAUUAUGGAUGUUGAUUUCGCAGGUGGUGGUGGUGGUGGCAAUGGUGGCGAGGGUGAGGGUGACAGUGCCUUGCAAGAAAGGGAUGAGAAAGAGUGUCCGCGUAAGAGGGCACGCACUGAUUCUUUUCGAAAGCAAGGAACAAAGGCUUGCCGCGAGAAGAUGAGGAGAGAGAGAUUGAAUGACAGGUUUCUGGAUUUGAGUGCUGUUUUAGAACCUGGUCGGCCUCCAAAAACUGACAAAACUGCUGUUCUUGAUGAUGCUGUAAGAGUUCUGAACCAACUGAAAUCUGAAACUCAGGAGCUUAAAGAAACGAAUGAAAAGCUACUGGAAGAAAUAAAAUGUUUAAAGGCCGAGAAAAACGAGCUUCGCGAAGAAAAACUUGUACUAAAAUCAGAUAAAGAAAAGAUGGAGCUGCAGUUGAACUCCAUGGCAGUGUCACCUUCUGGAUAUAUGCAGGCUCACCCAGCUGCUGCUGCAUAUCAAAAUAAGAUGGCUGUUUUUCCAGGCUAUAGUCUCGUUCCGAUGUGGAACUAUUUACCACCGGCCACUCGCGAUACAUCUCGUGAUCAUGAGCUGAGGCCACCAGCUGCAUAGUUUCUCACUUUCAGACACUCCACAAGGUUUUUUUUUUUUUUACAUUUACAUUCCCUGUCUUGCAAUUUAUCUCAACUUUAUUGUGUUCUUAAGACAUGUAAAUAUCACUACUGUCUCAAUUUGCCUCAUUUUUUGAUUAUCAAUUCCAUGGGGUGGCAAAUGUAGUGAAAUGAUUAGGAAUGUAAUGAUGACAUGGAAUUUUGGAAUAAAUUGUUGUUCUUAUCCA